AAAAGGGUCUUCGUACUUUUUCGGUUUUGUAUUGCAAUAUCAAUCGUAUCUUAUCUUAUUUCCUCCACAACGAGUAUUUAAUAUACUUAUGUUUCAAAAUUUAAAAUAAAGACAUAUAACGGUGUAUAUUACGAAAAUUUGAUAUUGCGUUAAAAGAUUUCUAAAAAGAUUGCGUUAACCAUAUUUUAGGUUUAAUUGUACAUCAGCUCAGCGUAAUAUUGGAAGGGACUUAUAAAUAUAAUUGUGUUCUUGUUAGUAUAACAAAUUACAACGAAGAAAGUAAAGUUGCAAGAAUUAUGGCUACUUGGGAUGGUUCUUAUUCAGGGCCAGAUGACCAAAAUUAUUGUCAAAUGUAUUCUGAUCAAAGCAUACCUGGGCCUGCAACAGGAAAUUGGACAUUAUUUUCUGAUAAUAUAAAUAACGACUAUUUGCAACCUAGUCGUGAGUUCUACGUACAAAAUGAACCUAUAUUUGAACAGAAUAGUCCGAAUGCUUUCUAUCAUUCGAACGCCAAUGUUAUGCCAAGUUUGUUGACUACAACCAAUAAUUAUCAUGGGCAUGUAAUAAACCCAGUAGGAAAUACACAAGUAUUAAAUAGUGAGGAGUACUUUCCAAAUGUUGUCAAAUCUCAACAAGGCUACGUAUCUGAUGACUCUUGGAAAUAUGAUAGCAAUGUAAUGAAGAACGAAGAUAAAUAUGCCUCUACAAAGAGAAUCACGGAAUCUUCAGGCAGCAUAGUCAAUCACUCAAAAUUACAUGUCAUGGCUGAAGAGUUUGUGCCAAAUAAUAGAGGAUAUGGUGAUAGAAGUAAAAAUAAAGAGUUAGAGAAUACAAAAUCUACUAAUGAUGCAAAUUAUCGUGUCACGGAUAACGGCAAGAUAUCAGAUAAAUACUACUUUUGUAAUGAGAGUAGGCAUGAAGGUAAAUAUAACAACAAAAAAUGUUCUAAUUAUAAGCACAAAGAUAGACAUCAAGAUCAGUGUUACAAAAAAAAUGCAUAUACAAAUUCCUAUCAACAGCAUGUCAAAACUUCUCAUAAACUUCAAGGUAAUAAAUACUUUACUAAUAAGUAUUAUGCAGGAAAAUCACAAGUAAAUUCAAAAGUUAUAAAUGAAAAUGCAUUGGAUCAAUGUUCAAUGACUAAUAGUGCUACUUGUAAUAAUAAAAAGGAUCCUGUAAUAAAUUUGAAUAAAGGAGAAUCAUCAUUAAGUAUGAAUGUAUGUUCAAAUAAAAAUAAAAAUUUGUCGAAUGAGGUUAAUGAUAAAAGAACUAUCAUUGGUGAUAAUAAUGUUGUACAAGGUGAUAGCAUACAGCAGCCCAAAAAUUCGUUGAAGGAAUUUACUUACUAUAAUCCUGGUUUCAAACAGACCUACAACAAUCAUAGAAAUUUAAGGAAAUAUCAGUAUAGUGAUAGAUAUAACAGGGAAGGAAAUUUUUAUAAAGAAAAGCGACAUCACCAUCCAGGAUAUGGUAGAGAAAAUUAUAAUAAAGAAGAUAAAAUUAAAAUAAGAAAUGAAAUGUGCAGUAAUGGAGAAUGUAGCGAAUAUAAAGAAUGUUUUAACGAGAGAACUGGAUUAGAAGCAAAAGAGAUAAAAGAGAAAAGGCACAACUAUCAAGGAUAUAAUGGAUUUAAAGAACAUCAUAAGGAAGCUAAACUAGAAAUCUUUAAAGAGAAAGAUAAAGGUAAAUAUUAUGUGUCUGAAAAUAAAGAGAAAGGAAAUGAACAUUGGAGAAAUAAAAGGGAAAUUAGCGAAAGAAAUAAUAUUCAGAAACGGGGACAAAAUAGGAAGUCACCAGUUGACGAUGAUGCAAGUCAAAGAGAAAGACUAGCAGAACAGUUGAAUAGAGGACAAUUAGAAUGUUUAGUAUGUUGUGAAUAUAUUAAACAGAAUGAUUAUGUUUGGUCAUGUUCUAACUGCUAUCAUGUGUUGCAUCUGAAAUGUAUUAAAAAAUGGGCAAAGUCAUCACAAUCUGAAAAUGGCUGGAGAUGUCCAGCAUGUCAAAAUGUUAACUUAGUAAUACCUGAAGAUUACUUUUGCUUUUGUGGCAAAACAAGAGUACCUGAAUGGAAUCGUAGAGAUGUUGCACAUUCUUGUGGUGAAAUUUGCGCUAGAACACUAUCCAAAAAUAGUUGUCCACAUAAGUGCACUCUUCUAUGCCAUCCUGGAUCUUGUCCACAAUGUACAGCAAUGGUAACAAAAUAUUGUGGCUGCGGUAAAACUCAGCAAACAGUACAGUGUAGCACUCAGAAAUUAUUGCUGUGCGAGUCUAUAUGUGGCAAAAAUUUAAAAUGUGGCAGGCAUAAAUGUCAAAGUAAAUGUCAUCAUGGAGAAUGUGCAAAUUGUGAAGAAACAAUAACGCAAAAGUGUUAUUGUGGCAAAAGUACAAAAGAAAUAACUUGCCAGAGUAAUAUUUCGUUCACAUAUUCUUGUGGAACUAUUUGCGGUAAAUUGUUAGAAUGUGGUAAUCACACUUGUACAAAAUUGUGUCAUGCGGACGCUUGCGAAUCCUGUUCUUUAACUCCUGACAAAAUUACAACUUGCUGCUGUGGGCAAACACCAUUAAUAGAUAAGAGACAAACUUGCUUAGAUUCGAUCCCAGUCUGUGACAAAAUAUGUUUGAAAAAUUUGAAAUGCGGGCAGCCUAAUAAUCCUCAUAAGUGUAAAGUGAAGUGUCACGUAGGGGAUUGUCCUGUUUGUGACUUAAUUACCAAUGUUAGAUGCCGCUGCGGAAACAUGGAUAGGGAAAUAGCUUGUAAAGAUUUGAUAUCAAAAGCUGAUGAUGCACGGUGUGAAAAGAGAUGUAUAAAAAAAAGGUCUUGUGGGAAGCACAAAUGUAACCAAUUGUGUUGCAUAGAGAUAGAACAUAUUUGUCCAUUAAUAUGUUCUAAAACUUUAAGCUGUGGGAGGCAUAAAUGUGAACAAAGCUGUCAUAAAGGAAGGUGUCAACCUUGUUGGCGAAGUAGUUUUGAUGAAUUAUAUUGUGAAUGCGGGGCUUCUGUGAUAUAUCCUCCUGUUCCUUGCGGGACAAGAAGACCUACAUGUGACAGACCUUGCUCUCGACAGCACUCUUGUGGCCACGAAAUAUUACAUAAUUGUCAUAGCGAAUUAAACUGUCCGCCUUGUACUGUUCUUACUCAAAGAUGGUGUCAUGGUAAACAUGAGUUACGAAAAGCUGUACCAUGCUAUGUUAACGAAAUUUCAUGCGGUUUGUCAUGUAACAAGCCCAUAUCCUGUGGCCGACAUAAAUGCAUUACUAUUUGUCAUUCUGGACCAUGUGAAAAACCAGGACAACAAUGUUCUCAGCCUUGUACUGUUCAAAGGGAACUGUGUGGACACAUCUGUGCUGCUCCGUGUCACGAGGGUAAAUGUCCAGACACACCUUGCAAGGAGAUGGUUAAGGUGACGUGUCAGUGUGGGCAUAGGACUAUGUCGCGUGUUUGCGCCGAAAAUUCUAAAGAAUAUCAGAGAAUAGCAAGUAGCAUAUUAGCUAGUAAAAUGGCUGAUAUGCAAUUAGGUCAUUCUAUUAAUUUGGAAGAAGUAUUUGGUCAAGGAGCAAAGAGACAGAAUCAGUUAAAAACUUUAGAAUGCAAUGAUGAAUGUAAAAUAAUAGAACGGAAUAGAAGAUUGGCGUUGGGUUUGCAAAUUGUAAAUCCAGAUUUAAGUGGAAAAUUAAUGCCUAGAUACAGUGAUUUUAUGAAACAGUGGGCUAAAAAGGAUCCUCAUUUUUGUCAGAUGGUUCAUGACAAAUUAACCGAGUUGGUUCAAUUAGCAAAAACCUCUAAACAAAAAUCACGCAGUUAUUCCUUUGAUAGCAUGAACAAAGAUAAACGUCAUUUUAUUCACGAGUCUUGUGAACAUUUUGGUUGUGAAAGCCAGGCGUAUGAUCAGGAGCCAAAAAGAAAUGUUGUUGCGACUGCUGUAAAAGAUAAGUGUUGGUUACCUAGUUAUAGUUUAUUAGAGAUUGUACAACGGGAAAAUGGUCAGAGAAAAGUUCCAGGUCCAAUGUUAAAUACUACAAAAGCUGAUGGAUCCGUGAAGACAAUAUUAUCACUGCCUGCGAAAAAGAUCCAAAAGCCAGAAACAACAUUAAGCAUAAAAACAUCAGAACCAGAAAUAGAUUAUUUUGAUUAUAAGGGUUAAGAUUACUAUCUCCGUAUUACAUAAAGUAUUAUUGGCUGGUCACGCGACUGAAAGGAUAGAGGUUCAUUACAUCGCCGCAGAUGCCAUAGGCGAUUAAUAGUCGAUAAUUCGAACUGAUACGAAAUGGACGCUACAGAUGAUUAUUAAUAAUCGAGUCGUUGAUUUCUCGUGCAGAUUUAGUAACGAUCGAGGUAUUAGAACAAAGCAGACGUACGUAGACGAUUAUUUUCUCUUUUUAUUGAAUCAAUGAUGAUCGAUAUUUGCUACGUAGUUGCUAUACAACUUACGAUUGGCAUAUAAUGACAUUAUUUUAUAAAUAGUUGCAUAAUUUGUUGAAAAUAUUAAGACGAAAGAAAAACCUUAAAGAAAUCAAAUUUUGAAACUGUUUCGGGUAUAUAGAUUAGACGGAUAUACUUAUUAAGUGAUUAAUGUUUUCAUAUCAAUAUAUAAAAAAUUAUACGAAUCAUUUGAUUGUUAUUAGAAAACAAUUUGCUGCAAAAUUAUUAUAUUUUUAUGUAUUCGAAUGAGAAAAUCGGUUUAUUAUUAUUUAUUAUCGGUAUAUUAAAGGGUCUGAACAAGACAUGUUGAAAUAGGUUUUUGUGCAAGAUUAAAUAUACACUCUAAUCACUAAUCACUUCGGACAUGUUUAUGUAAGGAAGUUUAAUUUAUUAGAAGCAUCGUCGAAUCUUUAUACGAUGCAACAUAAUAUAUUAGCAAAUACCAUAAUUCACACUCCGAUAACGAACAUUCAGAAUUGAAUUUAUCCUAAUGAAAUGAUAUUAUAUUUUAAAACAUUAAUAAAGAUUGGCAGAUAUAUUAGAAAAUAUACAUUGCAAUACAUAAACGGUGUUCGAAAUAUUACACGUAUAUCCCAUUUUCUUAAUAUGUAUAUGUAAUAGCUGUUUGUUGGUGAGAAACGAAUAAUAAUCGGUAUAUAGUGUA